CUAGUAGCUUUAAAUACAGCCACCAUUGUUUCAAUUUGCUGUCUCUCCGCAUAGCUCAAAAACACACACUCACAAGAACACGCAUUCUCUCUCUCUCUCUCUCUCUCUCUGAUUCUAAACCCUAGAGAGAGAAAGAAAGAGAUUCAUAGCACAAAGGGGUUUAUAUUCAGAUCAAUCUCGAUCGUCGAUUUUCUUUCCUUUGAUUCGGAAAUGGAUCUUCCAAGCCUCGCCGUGAUUCUCCAAGCUGCUCUGAGCCCCAAUCCCGAUGAACGUAAAGCCGCCGAGCAAAGCCUCAAUCAGUUUCAAUACACGCCUCAGCAUUUGGUGAGGCUAUUGCAAAUCAUUGUGGACAAUAAUUGUGACAUGGCGGUGCGCCAAGCCGCUAGCAUUCAUUUCAAGAACUUCAUCGCGAAGAACUGGGCGCCUCACGAUCCGGAUGAGCAGCACAAGAUUUUGCCGGCUGAUAAAGACAUGGUGAGGGAUCAUAUUCUAGUGUUUGUAACCCAACUUCCUCCUCUGUUGAGGGCACAGCUAGGUGAAUGCCUCAAGACGCUUAUUAAUUCUGAUUACCCCGAACAGUGGCCACGCCUUCUGGACUGGGUGAAGCAUAACUUACAAGAUCAACAAGUCCAUGGAGCUUUGUACGUGUUGCGGAUUCUUGCUAGAAAAUACGAGUUCAAAUCUGAUGAGGAGAGAACACCGGUUUAUCACAUUGUUGAGGAGACAUUCCCUCAUCUGCUUAAUAUAUUCAACAGGCUUGUCCAGAUUGUCAACCCACCAUUGGAUGUAGCAGAUCUGAUCAAGCUUAUUUGUAAAAUAUUUUGGUCAUCCAUAUAUUUGGAGAUUCCAAAGCAGCUAUUUGAUCCAAAUGUCUUCAAUGCGUGGAUGAUUCUUUUCUUAAAUAUGUUGGAGAGUCCCGUUCCCUUGGAAGGGCAGCCUGCUGAUCCCGAGCUUAGGAAAUCAUGGGGAUGGUGGAAGGUCAAGAAAUGGACGAUUCACAUUUUAAAUAGGCUGUACACACGUCUUAUUUUACUCAGGUUUGGAGAUUUGAAACUUCAAAACCCAGAAAACAAAGCUUUUGCUCAAAUGUUUCAGAAGAACUAUGCUGGAAAGAUCUUGGAGUGUCACAUUAAUUUGCUGAAUGUGAUUCGUGUUGGUGGCUAUUUACCCGACAGAGUUAUCAACCUUAUUCUUCAGUACCUAAGCAACAGUAUCUCAAAGAAUACCAUGUAUACUCUGCUCCAAUCCCGACUUGAUAGUCUUCUUUUUGAGAUAGUGUUCCCCCUUAUGUGCUUCAAUGACAAUGAUCAAAAGCUCUGGGAUGAAGACCCACAUGAGUAUGUGAGGAAGGGCUAUGAUAUCAUUGAAGAUUUAUACAGUCCGAGGACUGCUGCCAUGGAUUUUGUUAGUGAGUUGGUUAGAAAGCGUGGAAAAGAAAAUCUUCACAAGUUUAUUCAAUUUAUCGUGGGAAUUUUUAAGAGUUAUGAUGAAGCACCAGUAGAGUACAAACCCUACAGACAGAAAGAUGGUGCUCUUCUUGCUAUUGGAGCUCUUUGUGAUAAAUUGAAGCAAACUGAACCUUAUAAGUCCCAACUUGAGCCUAUGUUAGUGCAACAUGUUUUCCCUGAGUUCAAUAGUCCUGUUGGGCAUCUUAGGGCCAAGGCCGCAUGGGUUGCAGGACAGUAUGCCCAUAUAAACUUUGCGGACCAGAACAAUUUCCUUAAAGCUUUGCACAGUGUUGUAUCUGGGAUGCGAGAUUCAGAACUUCCCGUUCGUGUUGAUUCUGUUUUUGCAUUGCGUUCUUUUGUUGAAGCUUGCAGAGAUUUGAAUGAAAUCCGUCCAAUUCUUCCUCAACUCCUUGAUGAGUUCUUUAAACUUAUGAAUGAGGUUGAGAAUGAGGACCUUGUCUUUACUUUGGAGACUAUAGUGGACAAGUUUGGGGAGGAGAUGGCACCUUAUGCUCUUGGGUUAUGCCAGAAUUUGGCAGCUGCAUUUUGGAGGUGUAUGAACACAGCUGAAGCUGAAGAUGAAGCUGAUGAUCCUGGUGCUUUGGCUGCAGUUGGAUGUUUGCGUGCCAUUAGCACAAUUCUUGAAUCAGUGAGCAGGCUUCCUCACCUUUUUGUCCAAGUUGAGCCAACUUUGCUCCCUAUAAUGCGUAGAAUGUUGUCAAGUGAUGGCCAAGAGGUUUUUGAAGAAGUUUUGGAAAUUGUGUCAUAUAUGACUUUCUUUUCUCCGACAAUUUCUAUGGACAUGUGGAGUCUGUGGCCAUUGAUGAUGGAAGCAUUGGCAGACUUUGCUAUUGACUACUUUCCAAAUAUUCUGGUUCCUUUGGAUAAUUACGUAUCCAGAGGAACUGCACAUUUCCUCGCUUGUAAAGAGCCAGAUUACCAGCAAAGCCUUUGGAGUAUGAUUUCAUCUAUCAUGGCAGAUAAAAAUAUGGAGGACAAUGAUAUCGAGCCAGCUCCAAAGCUCAUUCAAGUACUCUUCCAAAACUGCAAAGGGCAAGUGGAUCAAUGGGUUGAGCCAUAUCUUAGAGCCACGGUUGAGCGGUUGCGUCGGGCUGAGAAGUCAUACCUGAAAUGUCUUCUUAUUCAAGUGAUUGCGGAUGCUCUUUACUACAAUGCCUCUUUGACUCUCAGUAUAUUACAAAAGCUAGGUGUUGCGACUGAAAUCUUUAAUCUUUGGUUCCAGAUGCUGCAACAAGUUAAGAAGAGUGGUUUACGUGCUAAUUUUAAAAGGGAACAUGAUAAGAAGGUUUGCUGCUUGGGAUUGACAUCACUCCUGUUGCUUCCAGCUGAUCAAUUGCCAGCUGAAGCUUUGGGGCGUGUUUUCAAGGCAGCACUUGAUCUCUUAGUUGCGUACAAAGAUCAAGUUGCAGAAGCUGCAAAGGAAGAAGAAGCUGAAGAUGAUGAUGAUGGUAUGGAUGGUUUUCAAACUGAUGAUGAAGAUGAUGAUGGCGAUGGAUCUGACAAGGAAAUGGGAGUCGAUACUGAGGAUGGGGAUGAAGCUGACAGCGUUAGACUUCAAAAGUUGGCUGAACAGGCGAAGGCUUUCCGGCCGAAUGACUCGGAUGAUGAUGACUCGGAUGAUGACUACAGUGAUGAUGAAGAAUUGCAAUCGCCCAUUGAUGAAGUGGACCCUUUUAUUUUCUUUGUGGAUUCAAUCAAAGCCUUGCAAGCAUCAGAUCCAUUGAGGUUCCAGAACCUUACGCAGACACUUGACUUUCACUAUCAGGCCCUUGCCAAUGGUGUUGCCCAGCACGCUGAACAGAGAAAAGUGGAAAUUGAAAAGGAAAGAAUGGAGAAGGCAGCAGCUACUGUUGCUUCUUAAGAUUUUGAUGUCUUGCUGGGGCUAAAAUUUUGCUUUGCAUAUUACAUUCAAGCGGUAAUGGUUUAGAGACAGAGGGUUGUUUGCCACUCUCUGGGAGCAUUUGGUUGGUUCAAUGAUCAUAGAGGUCGGUGAGCCCCAUUGAAGUUUAAAGUUCUUGGAGCUUUGCGUGUCCAAGUUCCCAUUGAUAUACAGAGCAUGGGAUUAGUGCAAUCCGGAACUAGUCCAUUGUUCAAUCCCAGGUUCAAGUUGUAGUCUGUCUGGUGAGUCUGGCAAUUCUAUGGCAGAAAUAUGCCUGUCUUGACCAGCCUUGUUGUCCUUUCCUCCUUUGUCUCAUGUUGGUCACCAUUUCUUUGAGUUGAAAAAUCCUCUUCCAGGAUUUAUUUGUUUAGAGAAACCCUAGGAUCCGCUCUCUUGGCUUGAGAGCAGUAGGGGUUUCAUGCAUACAGGUCUGUAAUAUUUCUUUCAAUUUCUUGCGGAUGGGCAAUUAAGUGGGGUGGUAUGAGUAUGACCACCAAAAAUUUUCCCCUUUUUUUUCCCUCUUGUUAGGUAUAUAGAGUCCUACGAUAUUGGUUCAAAUAUUGGUUUAUUUGGGUUUUGGAGUUUGGGUUGAUUGCACAGGGCUUCUGAGGGUAGCUUGCUGCUGAUUGUAAAACAGUUCACUUUAUUCUUUAUACAAUGUGGAUUCACGAGAGGAAAUCUGUCAUCA